AUGGGUAACACACACUCGGAGACUCCCAUCCCCCAGCGGGAACAGGAAGUCCCACCGCAGGCCGCUGAGGAGACUGAGAGAGCCGGCCCGGGCACAAACUUCGGCAAGAAUGAGGAGCCGAAGGCAAUGCCACCCCUGGCCAGCGGCCUGGAGCGCGAUCCGGGCCCCCAGGCUGGGGAGGGCGAUGCCAAUCCCCAGGUGGGCUUGGGCGACCUCCAGGGGCCGGGCAGUGGCCUCUCUGCCAACACCAAGGCCAAGCUGUGUCAGAGCAAGAAGAGGAAGAUUGCCAAGGCCCGGAAGUGGGCCUCGGGCCAGGAGCCGGCGACAAUGGCGGAGGGCAGGCUGGAGAGCGAGAAGCCACAACCGAUGGGCAUGGCAGACCAGGGCAGGGCAUCUCCUGGAUCCCUCCAGCCGGAAGCGGCAAUGCGGACCAACUACCUCAGUGGAGGCUCAGAGAUUGGGGUUCAGGAGCCCUCUGACAGUUCGGGUCUCAAGGCCUGCCGUGGCCUAGAGCGAAGGGGCCGGGGAGAGCCCACUGGCGUCCCAUCCCAAAUCCUCCCCCCAGCUGGCCAGGGCCAAACAGGCAAAAGGGCCCCAGUGUCUGGGGCCUCCCGGGUUGAGGCAGAGGCUCCCAAGCCCCUGAGCAGUCAGGCCUCUGCCGCUGGGAAGGAGUCACCCAGCAAGAUGAUCAAGGGAGGCAUCAUCCCCACCUCUCCUGGUCCUGUGCCCGGCCAGGGAUCUCAAAGCUGCAGGAGGCUCAAUGAGGACGGUCCGCCAACUGGACAGGACAGGAAGCCCAACCCCACACCCGCAGGGCCAGAGGCUCAGCCCUCGGUCAGGACAGAAACACUAAACUGUGCUAAGCAAGCCCAGGGUCUGGGGCAUGAGACCAUGCCCCGGAUGGGCUGCCUCAAACCCCACUCAUUCCUCAGCAAGCGAGGGGCCCACGUGGACCCAGUGCUAGGCCUCACUCCACCUUGGGUCAAUCAGUCGCCUCUUCCGGCCAGCCUCUCCUACAGUCAGGCCUUGAAGUGGGGAUUGCCGGUGGCCAGAUGCCCGGCGGGUGAGGCCGAGGUGCCCAGGGAGGCCAGAGAGGUGCCGCAGGCCCAGGACGUUGCCUCCAAGAAGAAGCUGCCCUUCUACGAGCAGCUUAUCGCCAGCCUGAAGAGCCAGGCCCAGCGGCAGCGGAGUGCCAAGCUGCAGAAGCCAAUCUUGGGCCAGGAGGGCCCGAGCCAGUGCCAGCCUGCCACAAUCAAGGCUGAGGCUGUGCAGGAGCCCCUCUCCACCCCCAAGCCUCAGGCCGAGCAGAAACCCACACCACAGCCCUCUCUGCUGUCAUCACUGCCCUCCGUCCAAUUUGAGGCCCAGCUCCGACCCCAGGUGCUGGCCAAGGCUGAGGGCAAGCCUGUCCCAUCGAUCCAACCGGUCUUUCAGAUCCAGAGCCCCCGGACCUCCUGCCGCCUCUCCUCCGUGUCCCAAGGCCCUCCCCCUGGGUCCGCGAGGCUGCACCUACCGCUGCCCCUACCCAUAGCUACAACUGGGUUUGGGCCCAAGCUGCAUCUGAGUUCCUGUGAGGCCCCAGCCCAGGCCCAGCACCGGCUUGAAUGUGGGGCCUUGGCAUCCACUCCAUACCCCCAGCCUGGGCCUGACUGUGUGGCACCAGGACCCCUGCCAAUCCAGCCUAUUGUUCAAAGCCAGAGUCAAGGGCAGACCGAGCUGGGCAUGGCAGCCCAGCAGCUCCCCAAGGCCACCGCACCAACGCCACCACACCCACCGACUACUUGCGGCGUCCAGCAGCUGCAACAGGGGCAGCUCGGCCCCUCUCCAACCCCUGCCGAGGCCCAGCCCCAGCCCCAGCCGGAGACCAACGUGGACCCCAAUCCCACGGCCCCAACCCUGAUCCAGGCCCACUUGAAGUUGGCUGCCGCUAGGCCUCCGAAGCAACAUCAGCCCGGACAAAAGGCCGCAGCCAAGGCCAAGCCGCCGGCCCAGGCUAGCGGGAAGAAGGCGCCUCCGGCCCAGUGGCAGGAACCGCCUCAGGUCCAGGCUGAGGCGGAACCAGAUGCGCCGCAGAGGCCGGCUGGCCGCUGGAUGCCGUUCCAGGUGGACACGACCUGCACCAGGAAGUGUUAUUGCCGGCACCGGGAAGAACAGGGCUCCAUCAAUGGCUGGACCGACUCUGUGAGGGAACCCUUCUGCGAGACACUCUGGGUGCGGACAGCCGUGCUGGCAGGUUCACUGGUGGCCGGAACCAAGUUCUGCAUGGACCAUUUCAAAGCAGACAACGACCUCAACUGA